CAGCCACCCCCAAAAAAUACCUGGAUCGUGUAGCCCUUGCUGGUGCGGCCGAAACAACCGGCGGCGGCGGGCCGGUCCAUAUGACGGCGUCUCGCCGCCGCACCGCCUACUUCCCGCGUAUCCCUCUCUCUCUCUAGGCUGCUCGCCCCCUUUCUCCGCGCUGAGACGCUUCGCCCGCCGUCGCCGGCCGGCGGUAGCGUUGUUGCCAUCGGACAUUCUUAGGCUGGCUGGUGGGCCAGGUACGUCUCGGCCCCACCUGCUGUUGCGGAUUACGAAGGGAUCUACCACCAUCGCACCUCCCCUCGUGGCCCCACUUGACAGUCGCACGAAAAGACGAUACCGACGCGCCCGCUUUUCUUCCUUCCGGCACCUUCCAAGUCCCCCUUCCUUCUGGCCUCCCCGGCGAUGGCGACGGCAGCGAGCUCCGGCGGCGUAUCCGACCAUCAGUAUGUCUCGGUCAAGUUGGAGAGCCUCCGCCUGGCGGCGCUCGACCUCGCCCCUCACCUCUUCGGCUCCCACCCCGCCGCCGGCUCGUGGGACCCUUCCAAAGCCCUGCCGAUGGAGCGGGCGGCGGCCGCCAUUUGGGAGCUCAGCUGCGUCCUCCCUUCUCGACACGAAACACUGGAUUUCAAGUUACUAUUGAAGACAAAAGACGAUAGCUCAGAGUGCAUUGUUGAGGAGGGACCGAACCGACCGCUAGGUUGCGGGAGCAAUCAAGUGGAAAUGACGGAUGCAGUCUUUAAACUCACUGAGAAAGAUUCACUUGAGUGUAAGGUUUGGGUUGAGACAGAGAUGUUGUCCCCAUUUGACCUAGCCGCUAGCUGGAAGGCUCAUCAGGAGAAUCUUCAGCCUUCAAGGGUGCGAGGGACCUAUAAUGUCGUUAUGAACACUGAGACUGAAGCCAGGGACGAGAAUGACUUCGCUUCUGGUUUGGAGCUUGAUUUAGAGAAGUAUGUAGUUCCAACAACACCCAACAUGGGCUCAGGUGUUGUUUAUGCAGCUAACUUGACUGAGAAUCCCCGCUCUUUAUCGUCAAACAAUGAUACCACCAAGGUCAUUUUGCACAAUUCGCUCGACGGUCCUGCGAAUCAUUAUGCUAACACAAAGAAGGACGUAGAUGGAAGACAUACACCGUCACAGGAAGAACAAAAGGCAGUCUUUGUUGAUAGAGGUGUUGGUUCGCCAAGGUUUGCUAGACCAACAAACGAAACCAUUUCAACGAGCAACAUCAAGCAGGAUUCUGAAGCAAACUUUGGCUAUCAGGGUAUGCCAGCAGCAGAAGGAGCUGUUGCAGCAGCAGCUGUAGCUGAUCAGAUGUACGGACCAAAAGAGGACCGCAAGUUAGUCAUUGUGCUGGUUGGGCUGCCAGCUCGUGGUAAGACAUUUACAGCAGCUAAGCUUACAAGAUAUCUCCGAUGGUUAGGUCACGAAACAAAACACUUCAAUGUUGGAAAGUACCGUCGGCUCAAGCAUGGCACUAAUCAGACUGCUGAUUUCUUUCGUGGAGAUAACAAGGAGGGUGUGGAGGCACGUAACGAGGUGGCAGCAUUAGCAAUGGAAGAUAUGCUAUCCUGGAUGGAGGAAGGUGGCCAGGUUGGUAUUUGUGAUGCCACAAACAGCACAAGAAGUCGAAGGAACAUGCUGAUGAAAAUGGCUGAAGGAAAAUGUAAGAUCAUCUUUGUGGAAACAAUAUGUAAUGAUCAGGAUGUUCUUGAGAGAAAUAUUCGCCUGAAAGUUCAACAAAGUCCCGAUUAUGCGGAGCAAACAGAUUUUGAAGCUGGUGUGCGAGAUUUCAAAGAGCGACUGGCAUAUUAUGAGAAGGUGUAUGAACCAGUAGAUGAAGGGUCAUACAUAAAAAUGAUCGAUAUGGUUAGUGGGAACGGGGGCCAGUUGCAGAUCAACAAUAUAAGUGGUUACUUGCCUGGACGGAUUGUUUUCUUCUUGGUGAACUGCCAUCUUACACCUCGUCCUAUCCUGUUAACUAGGCAUGGGGAAAGUUUAGAUAAUGUCAGAGGAAGAAUCGGUGGAGAUUCAUCUUUGAGUGAGGCUGGGGAGGUUUAUUCAAGGAAACUUGCAAGCUUUGUAGAGAAGCGACUGAAGUCUGAGAGAACCGCCUCUAUUUGGACUAGCACACUCCAGAGGACAAUAUUAACUGCAUAUCCAAUCAUCGGAUUUCCAAAGAUACAAUGGCGUGCCCUUGAUGAGAUAAAUGCUGGUGUUUGUGAUGGGAUGACAUAUGAUGAAGUAAAGAAAAAUAAACCUGAAGAAUAUGAAUCACGUCGCAAAGACAAGCUGAGGUACCGUUAUCCUAGAGGAGAAUCCUACCUCGAUGUCAUUCAGAGAUUGGAACCUGUAAUAAUUGAGCUUGAAAGGCAGCGUGCCCCAGUGGUAGUCAUAGCUCACCAGGCUGUGCUGAGAUCACUAUAUGCGUAUUUCGCGGACAAACCACUGGAGGAAGUUCCUAAGAUUGAAAUACCUCUUCAUACAAUCAUUGAGAUAAAAAUGGGCGUCACUGGUGUUGAAGAGAAAAGAUACAAACUCAUGGACGCAGUGAACCCAACUGCAGAGGUCUGAGGCAUGGCGCAUGGAGUCUGUCCUCUCAGUUCAGACAGCACAAAUAAAUUUUCGGAUGAUAGUUUUAUUUACCGAAGUAUGUAGAUGUAGAUGAUACCCAAACGUAUCACUAUAUUUCAUUGUCCAGAAGUAAAGCUAUAGUUCAUUGUGAAGUCUGGCUCAUAGAUGAUCCUAGUUUUGAAUUUUGGCUGGCGAUGUAAAGGUUCGCUUGGGGCAAUCCAGAUGGAUUCAUUCAUGUUCAGCUGAACUUGUUCAUUCAAGAUUUACAUGUAACACCACAGAUUCAGUUUAUAAUGCCAGGAUUUGGAAUCGAUCCAGGUAA